UUCCCCCUUGUAGGACAUCUGCUGGAGGAGCUUCAGUAGCAGAGGAGAGGAGAGAGGGGUCCAGCCGCAGCUCCUGAACUUCUUACUUCUUCACUUUGCAGAAGGGAGGCUACAGACAGGCUGCUCUGCAAAUUUGCUCCGCGCGGCUUUUAUUUUGGCGGGGGGUCAAAUAGACUGAUUGAUGAUCUGCUGACCCUUCACGUCCAAACAUGAAGAUUGGGCUGUCGCUGGCCACGGCGGCCUUCCUCGCCGCCCUGCUGUGCUCCACAGACGCUCAAGUGGAACCCCCCUCAGACAUGAAAUUUAAAAUUCUCAAUGAGAACUCGGUGGAAAUGUCAUGGACGAGACCCUCGUCGCGGAUAGACGGCUUCAGACUACAAGUCGUGUCAGACGCAGAUGAACCAGUCAGAGACUUCACUCUUGACGCAUACGCAACUAUGACUAAAAUCACUGACCUGACCCCUGACUUGGACUACUCGGUGUCCAUAAACUCCUAUUACGGGUCCGAGGAGAGCAUUCCCAUCACUGGACAACUUACCAUCCAGUCCAGUAACACCAGCGGACACGUCAAGAAGCCAAAGUCAGACGCUAUCAAGUGUUCGGUCAGUGCAAUAGCAGAUCUGGUUUUUCUGGUGGACGGCUCAUGGAGUGUGGGCAGAGAAAACUUUAAGCACAUCCGCAGUUUCAUCGGCGCACUGGCGGGGGCCUUCGACAUUGGCGAGGAAAAGACCCGGGUGGCCGUGGUCCAGUACAGUACCGACACCCGCACAGAGUUCCCUCUCACCCGUUACAGCAGAAGAGGAGACCUGCUCCAAGCCAUCAACAACCUGCCAUACAAAGGGGGGAAUACCAUGACAGGUGAUGCCAUAGACUAUCUGCUGCAAAACAUCUUCACGGAGGCAGCUGGAUCCAGGAAAGGUUUUCCUAAGGUGGCCAUGAUCAUCACUGACGGAAAAUCCCAAGACCCAGUGGAGGAGUAUGCUAAAAGGCUUAGGAACAUUGGAGUGGAAAUAUUUGUCCUAGGGAUCAAAGGAGCAGAUGAGGAUGAGCUUAGAGAAAUGGCCUCCAAGCCUCACAACAGACAUGUGUACAAUGUUCCUAACUUUGACGGGAUCCAGGAGGUCCAGAAGAAGAUUAUCGAGGAGGUGUGCUUUGGUGUCGACGAGCAGCUCGGCUCACUGAUCAGCGGGGAAGAAAUGGUGGAUCCGGCCUCCAACCUGCAAGUCACGGAAAUGGCAUCCAAAUCGAUGAGGGUGACGUGGGACGCUUCUCCGGGCGACAUCACAGGCUACAAGCUCACCCUCAACCCCAUGCUGCCCGGAAUGAAACGCCAAGAGCUCUACAUUGGGCCCUCACAGACGUCCAUCAAUGUCCGUGACCUUUCCCCAGAGACCGAGUAUGAGAUCAGCUUGUAUGCCCUCAAAGGUCUGACUCCCAGUGAACCCACCGUAGAAAUGGGGAAGACUCAGCCUGUCAAAGUGUCAACAGAGUGCUCUCUGGGAGUUGACGUGCAGGCCGAUGUGGUCUUACUGGUUGACGGCUCGUACAGUAUCGGAAAGGCCAACUUUGCCAAAGUCCAGGGCUUCUUGGAGGUUCUGGUCACUGCUUUUGACAUUGGACCCAACAAGGUUCAGAUAAGCUUGGUCCAAUACAGUCGCGACUCACACACCGAGUUUUACCUCGACACCCACCACGACAUUGAUGCCGUUGUCAAAGCCGUGCGCACUUUCCCCUACCGCGGCGGCUCCACUAACACCGGCAGGGCCAUGACCUAUGUCAAGGAUAAGAUCUUCACCCCUUCCCGUGGAGCGAGACAGAACGUCCCCCGCGUCAUGGUCCUGAUCACCGAUGGAAAGUCAUCAGACUCCUUUAAAGAUGCGGCAACCGCCCUGAGGAAUAUCGAUGUGGAGAUCUUUGCUGUUGGUGUGAAGGACGCAGUGAGGUCAGAGCUCGAGGCCAUCGCCAAUCAACCAUCGGACAGUCAUGUCUACGAGGUGGAGGACUUUGAUGCCUUCAAAAGGAUCUCAAAGGAGCUGACUCAGUCCAUCUGUUUAAGGAUUGAACAGGAGCUGCUCAACAUCCAAAAGAAAAGUCUGCUUCCACCCAGUGACUUGGUGUUUUCCGAGGUUACCUCCAGAAGCUUCCGUACCACCUGGAGAGCUCCUACUACGUCGGUCUUGAGCUACAUGGUGCGUUUCCGCAAGGCUGAAGAUGUGACUGCAGACUACAUUUCCAUAGCAGUGCCUGGUGAUACCACCACAGCCGUUCUGCCUCAUCUAAUCCCCCUCACUGCCUACGAGGUCAACGUUUUUGCUCAGUAUGAGAAAGGAGACAGUUUUGCUUUGAGUGGUGAAGAGACCACUCUAGAUGAAAAAGGGAACGUAAGAAACCUCAAAGUUAAAGAGGAGACCACCAACAGCUUCAGGGUGUCAUGGCAAGCUGCUCCAGGUGUGGUGAUCAGAUAUCGCCUAUCGUACAUCCCACUGAGUGGUGCUGGGGAAACACUGGAGGCCCAAACCAUUGGAUCGGAGACAAACAUAGUUCUCGAAGAGCUGUUCUCCUCGACCACCUACCGUGUGUCUGUGUCUGCUGAGUAUGCCACAGGCUUAGGAGGCGAGAUGCAAGUAGAUGGAACGACCAAAGAAGAACGCGGCUCUCCUCGUAACCUUCGCGUCUCCGACGAGACCGUAUCCACGAUGAAGCUGGAAUGGCUGGCCGCUCGAGGAAAUGUUCUUCAGUACCGCAUUGCCUUCAAGCCCGCCGAGGGCGGUGAACGGAAGGAGGUGUCUGUCAAGGGAGGGACUACCCAGGCUGUGCUGAAGAACCUCCAACCAGCCACUGAAUAUGAGCUGUUUGUCAGUGCCCGCUACUCCUCCGGUUUGGGUGAUCCUCUCCUGGGAACAGGAACCACCUUAGAAGAGCUCGGCUCCCCCAGAGACCUGGUGACCAAAGACGUCACGGACACCAGUUUCGCCGUGUCUUGGGCCGCGGCCCCCGGCAACGUCCGCCAGUACCGCGUCACCUGGAAGUCCCUGUUCACGGAGGAGGCCGGAGAGAAGACGAUACCGGGAGACGCCACAGCCACAGUCCUCCAGGGUCUCACCCCGGAGACACGCUAUCAGGUGUCUGUGCUCGCCGGCUACGCCCGGGGAGAGGGUCAGCCGUUGGUCGGAGAGGAAACCACAGAUAUCUCAGCGGCCGGCAGAACGAUCGUCGUCUCUGAAGAGACGGAGAAGAGCAUGAAGGUGACGUGGCAACCCGCACCCGGGAAUGUCCUCAACUACCGCGUGACCUACAAACCCGCGGCGGGAGGGCGCAAGCUGGCCACCAAGGUGGCCGCCGGCACCGAGCACACUGUGCUGAGAAACCUCAGCCCGCUCACCACCUACGAGAUCGCCGUCCUACCGGUGUACCGCUCUGGAGAGGGCAAAGCCAGGCAGGGAGAAGGAACAACACUGUCUCCUUAUAAAGGACCGAGGAACCUCCAGACUUCAGAGCCUGCCAAGACCAGUUUCCGUGUCACGUGGGACCAUGCUCCUGGCGAUGUUAAGGGCUACAAAGUCAUUUUCCACCCUUCGGGCAAAGACAUCGACCUGGGGGAACUUCUGGUUGGUCCCUAUGACAACACCGUGGUCCUUGAGGAGCUGAGAGCUGGUACCAAAUACACGGUGAAUGUGUUUGGUAUGUUUGAAGGGGGGGAGAGUAUGCCUUUGGCUGGAGAGGAGAAAACAACUCUCGUCGAUGCACCUGAGCCUCCUCCCUAUGUGGCAUCAGAUGUGACUUGUAAGACCGCCGCACAAGCUGACAUUGUGCUGCUGGUCGAUGGCUCCUGGAGUAUUGGACGUCUCAACUUCAAGACCAUUCGCUCCUUCAUCGCCCGUAUGGUGCAGGUCUUUGAAAUCGGUCCGGAAAGGGUCCAAAUCGGUCUCGCGCAGUACAGUGGAGACCCGAAGACCGAAUGGCACCUGGAUGCUCAUCCAACCCGGGAAUCUCUCCUGGAUGCUGUGGCCAACCUGCCUUACAAAGGAGGAAACACCCUGACUGGCCUGGCUUUGAACUACCUCCUCCAGAACAAUUUCAAGGAGAACGUCGGGAUGCGACCCAAAGCCAGAAAGAUUGGCGUGUUGAUCACUGACGGAAAAUCCCAGGACGACGUCAUCCUCAACUCUCAGAACUUGCGCGAUCAGGGCAUUGAGCUCUACGCCGUCGGUGUGAAGAAUGCCGAUGAGAAUGAGUUGAGGUCCAUCGCCACCGAUCCGGACAGUAUUCACAUGUUCAACGUGGCCGACUUCUCCUUCCUGCUGGAAAUCGUCGACAGCCUCACCGAUAACCUCUGCAACAGUGUCAAGGGACCAGGAGGUGCACCCGACGCUCCAACUGAUCUGAGGACAUCGGAGGUGACUCACCACUCCUUCAGAGCCAGCUGGACCGCCGCCGAGGGCCCGGUGGACAGGUACCGCGUGGAGUACAUUACGUCGGCUGGACAACAGCAACAGGUGUUCGUGGAUGGCACUCAGACCACGGUGGUUCUCCAGAGACUCGACCCACUGACACAGUACGUGAUCAACGUCUACUCAGUGGUGGGAGAGGAGAGCAGCGAGCCCCUCGAGGGAACUGAGACCACGCUUCCCCUGAGUGCUGUUAGACGCAUGUACAUUUUCGACGAGCAGACCACCACCAUGCGGGUGAGAUGGGAGCAGGCAGCCGGCGCCACCGGGUACAUGCUGCUGUACAGCGCCAUCAACGCCACCACCGCGGAGCAGGAGAUGAGAGUGGGACGGGAUACGACCGAAGUCCAGCUGGCGAAGCUGCUCCCCGACACGGCCUACACGCUCUCGCUCUUUGCCCUGCACGGCGAGUUAGCCAGUGAGCCGCUGACCAACCAGGGAGUCACACGGCCUCUGCCACCUGCCGGCAAGCUGAAUGUUCGCGACGUCACCCACAGCACGUUGAGGCUUAUCUGGGACGCCGCUCCUGGUCUUGUUCGCAAGUACCUCAUCACCUACAAGCCCGAGGAAGGAGACGCAAAAGAACUGGAAGUGGACGGAAGUGUGACGACCAGACAGUUGGACAGCCUGAUCUCCCAGACAGAGUACUCUCUGGCUGUCACUCCGAUCUACGACGAGGGACCCGGUCAACCAAUGUUGGGAGAGGCAAUCACUGAUGUGGUUCCCGCACCGAAGAACCUGCGGCUCACGGAGGUCACAGAGACCAGCUUCAGAGCCACCUGGGAGCACGGAGCCCCUGACGUGGCCAUGUACCGGCUCGGCUGGGUCAAGAGGGGAGAUUCUCCCGGCGAAUCCUUAAUUCUGAACAACGAUGAGAUAUCCUACGUCCUGGAGAAUUUGGACCCUGACACGCCCUACGACGUGUCCGUCACCGCCAUCUACCCGGACGAGUCGGAGAGCGAGGACCUGCUGGGCAACGAGAGGACAUUGCCUCUAAGGUCCCCAAGUGGUGGUCCAAAACUGCCCAACGGACCUGCCACAAACCUGGUUGUGUUCAACGAAACCACCACCACUCUGAACGCCAGGUGGAAUCCGGCUCCGGGGCGGGUGCAGAACUACAGGAUCACUUACGUCCCCACAGCCGGAGGCAGGAGUCAGACUACCCAAGUUGGAGGCAAGAAAACUACCGUCCUGCUUCCUAAGCUGACCCCUGACACUGAGUACUCCAUCUCCGUGGUGGCGGUCUACGCCAAAGGAAUCAGCCCGGAGCUGAAGGGCCCUGGAAAGACCAGGCCCUUGGGCGGUGUUAGGAACCUGCGGGUCACAGACCCCACCACCACCACCCUGAACGUGCUGUGGGAGGCCGCGGAGGGCAACGUGCGUCAGUACAAAGUCUUCUACGUCCCCGCCGCCGGAGGACAGGAACAGAUGGUCCAGGUAUCUGGCAGCACCUUCAAAACCGUGCUGAAGAACCUGCAGUCCGAUACCGUCUACACUGCGACUGUGGUUCCCGUCUACUCUGCCGGAGACGGACAGCGCCUGUCCGAGAGCGGCAAAACCCUGGUGCGAAGCCCCGUCAGGAACAUCCAGGUUUUCAACCCCACCACCAACACUCUGAACGUUCGCUGGGAGGCGGCCACGGGUCCGGUGCUGCAGUACCGCGUGGUCUAUUCGCCGCUCAGUGGCGCCAGGCCCUCUGAGUCGGUUUUGAUACCAGGGAGCACAACCGAGGCCUUUCUGGAGCAGCUGCUCCCGAACACCGGCUACAACGUGGGAGUGGUCGCACUGUACAGCGACGGAGAAGGACCCGCUAUCAGCGACGCCGGAAAGACACUGCCCCGCAGUGGUCCGAGGAACCUGCGCGUGUAUGACCCCACCACGAGCACCCUGUCUGUGAGCUGGGAACAUGCCGACGGUCCCGUCACGCAAUACCGCAUCACCUACGCCCAGACCACUGGAGACCCCAUCGAGGAAUACACCGUGGUACCGGGAAACAGAAACAACGUGGUCCUGAAGAACCUGGAUGCAGACACUCCUUAUGACAUCAGAGUGACGGCCAUCUAUGCCGACGGAGCCGGAGGACAGCUGGAAGGGGACGGACGCACGGUGGGGAUGCUCGGCCCCAGGAACCUUCUUGUUUCUGAUGAGUGGUACACCCGCUUCAGGGUGUCCUGGGACCCCGCCCCCUCCAGGGUCACCGGAUACAAGAUCAUCUACCAGGCUGAAGGCUCUGAUGAGUCCUUGGAGGUGUUUGCUGGAGACGUGACCUCCCACCAGCUGCACAACCUGAAACCUGGGACCACCUAUGACCUGAAGGUGCUGGCGCAGUACGAAGCAGGCCUCAGUGCGCCUCUCAUUGGCACAGGCACCACAUUGUACCUGAACGUGACAGGCCUGAGCACUUACAACGUUGGCUAUGAUACCUUCUGCAUCCGAUGGAGCCCUCACAGAGCCGCCACCUCCUACAGGCUCAAAGUCAACCCCAUCGAUCCGUCCAAGCGAGGAGCUAAGGAGAUCACCGUCAGGGGCUCGGAGAGCAACUACUGCUUCGACGGCUUGACCCCCGACUCGCUGUACGAAGCCACAGUGUUCACCCAAACCCCCAACCUGGAGGGACCCGGAGUCAAAGUGAAGGAGAGGACAUUGAUCAAACCCACCGAGGUGCCGACGGAGCCGCCCCCGCCCCCUCCCCCGGCAACAGUGCCCCCUGCACUAGAUGUGUGCAAAGGCGCCAAAGCAGAUGUGGUCUUCCUCAUUGAUGGUUCCUGGAGCAUUGGAGACGAGAGCUUCCUGAAGGUCCUCCAGUUUGUCAAGAGCAUGACUGGAGCAUUUGAUGUCAUCAGCCCUCGCGGCAUGCAGGUUUCAUUCGUGCAGUACAGCGACGACGCCAAGACGGAGUUCAAGCUGAACACCUAUCAGGACAAGGGCGUAGUGAUCUCAGCUUUGCAGAAUGUGCGCUACAGAGGAGGCAACACCAAGACAGGUAUCGCUCUGAAGCACGUCUAUGAGAAGGUGUUCACCUCGGACAGCGGCAUGAGGAGGAACGUCCCGAAGGUGCUGGUGGUGGUCACGGAUGGACGCUCCCAGGAUGAGGUCAAGAAGAGCGCAGAGAAACUGCAACAUUCCGGCUACAGCGUGUUUGUGGUGGGAGUCGCCGAUGUGGACAUGUCGGAGUUGAGAAUCAUCGGCAGCAAGCCCAGCGAGAGACACGUGUUUGUGGUGGACAGCUAUGACACUUUCGCCAAGAUCCAGGACAACCUGAUCACCUUCAUCUGUGAAACCGCCACGUCCACUUGCCCCCUGAUCUACAUCAAUGGGUUCACAACACCGGGCUUCAGGAUGCUGGAGGCUUUCAACGUCACCGACCGGACCUUCGCCGACAUCAACGGUGUGUCCAUGGAGGCGGGCUCCUUCAACAGCUACAUCGCCUACAGGCUGCACAAGGACUCCUUCCUAAACCAGCCCACGAAGGAAAUCCAUCCGGAGGGUCUCCCCCCGGCCUACACCAUCAUCCUGCUCUUCCGCCUGCUGCCCGACACGACCUCUGAACCUUUCGAUAUCUGGCAGAUCUCAGACAAAAACAACAACCCCGAGGUCGGGAUCACCGUCAACCCCUCCAGCAAAGCGAUCACGUUCUACAACAAGGACGCCCGAGGAGAGAUCCAGAGAGCCACGUUCAACGAGCAGCAAGUGAAGCGGGUUUUCCACGGGAGCUUCCACAAGCUCCACAUCAGCGUCUCCCCGGAGAAAGUCAAGCUCCACUUGGACUGCCAGGAGGUGGCGGAGAAGCCCAUCAAGGAGGCCAACAACAUCACGCUGGACGGCUACGAAGUGCUCGGCAAGCUGGCCAAGCCUGCAGGCGGAAAGAGGCAGUCUGCGACAUUCCAGCUCCAGAUGUUCGAUAUUGUCUGCAGCUUGAGCUGGAUCAGCCGAGACAAAUGCUGCGACCUGCCCUCCACAAGAGACGAGGCCAAGUGUCCGUCCCUCCCCCACUCCUGCACGUGCACACAGGACAGCAUCGGCCCUCAGGGGCCUCCUGGACAUUCGGGCAGCCCAGGUUCUAAGGGACCACGAGGAGAUCGAGGACAAAACGGCAAUCCUGGUCCACCUGGUCCACGUGGAGACUUAGGUCUCCCAGGCUCGAUGGGACCGCCGGGACCACAGGGCCCCAACGGACUGUCUCUACCUGGAGAACCCGGUCGCCAGGGACCAAAGGGAGAUGCCGGAGACCCGGGCCUGCCUGGCUUGCAAGGUUCUCCUGGACAACGUGGUCCUCCGGGCCCCGUCGGACCAAGCGGUGUGCGGGGGCCACCAGGAAAGGAGGGACCAUCUGGACCCAGAGGCCCACCAGGGCCCAUGGGAAACCCUGGAAAUCCAGGUGUACCAGGAAUUACCGGAAAGCCAGGGAAAUCAGGAGAAACCGGAAACCCAGGAGCCGUUGGCCUUAAAGGAGAGAAAGGAGAGAGGGGAGACUUUGCGUCCCAGAACAUGAUGCGCUCCAUAGCCAGACAAGUGUGCGAGCAGCUCGUGAGCGGUCAGAUGAGCCGAAUCGACACGCUGCUCACUCAGAUCCCCUCCGGGUACCGUGGCAACACUCCGGGGCCGGCCGGUCCUCCCGGGCCUCCCGGCAACGAGGGGUCCCGCGGGGAGCCCGGACAACCUGGUCGAUCCGGUUUCCCUGGAAACCCAGGUCAACCUGGAAGUCCAGGAGAAAGAGGUCUGGCAGGAGAAAAGGGAGAGACAGGAUCUCCAGGAACUGGUAUCAGAGGACAACGAGGUCCAUUAGGGCCCCCAGGGCCACCAGGAGAGUCGCGGACGGGACCCCCGGGUGCCUCUGGCUCCACUGGGCCUCGUGGACCUCCAGGUCGCCAGGGCACUCCAGGUGUGAGGGGACCACCAGGACCAUCUGGGUACUGCGACUCCUCUCAGUGUGUUGGCAUCCCGUACAAUGGACAAGGAUACACAGGUAUGGCAUAGUAAUCACACUAGGUCACCUGUGCCGCUUACACUUUGAAGCCCUGUUUCUGAGACAGUAACGGGGGCAUGUAAGGGAUAAUCACCACGGACACAAUUAUCGAACGCUAAACACAAACAUUACCAAAUAAAAAAAACCCCAAAAACAAAUGGAGCGGAGUGGCACUAACAUCAUCUUACAAGCUACAGUGAUGGUAACCUGCUGGCCUGUUUGCAUCUUGAACAACAACAACCCACUGGAAAAACCCCCCAAUAAAAAAAACCCAGAGACUGAGCAUUUCUACAAUGAAAGGAGCAUGUAAACACCAUCCAAAACAACUACUAACAAAGAGGAUCCCAUAAUACAAAGCAACGUCAAUGUACCGGUGAUCUGUGUAAAUAAAACUAAUGUUGGUGCCUUGUAAAUGAUUGUAUGAAACCAGGACGUUUUUACUAAAAAAAGAAAAAAAAAAACCCUCCCGAAAAAUCAAUUUAACAUCUGUUUUGAGCUCGUGCCUCAUAACCCUCUGCUUACUUACCUCUGUCACCUCUGUUUACGACGCCUUCAGUGGCUCAAACAGCCCCGGUAGGGACUGAAGCAUGUUUCCUUUUGUCAGUUUAAUCCUCAUGUUCUCUGUGUACGUCCCACAAAUCCGUGCUCAAUGUUGCUCCCCUGCUAUUUCCACGAGUUCUUUGUAGUAUGAGCUGGUUAUUUUACUACGUCUUAUUAUCCAAUAGCUUGAUGGUUGAUUUAUUUUAUUUUUAUUUCAAAUGUCAUCACAGCAUUUGAAAGAGUUUUAUUUAGCUUUUUUAUGGUGCUUCAGGAAGCAAUAGUAAGACACUAGGCAUUUGUUUGGAAUUCCAAAGUGCAAUAUGAUUUAAAUUGUGCAUGUGAAAAAAAUCGAACCCUUCUUUCUUAUCGGCCCGUUCCAAAUACCUUUUCUAGCCAACAACUACCAGCCCGGACCUGAGGUAGAGACUAUACCCGUGGAGCCCGCUGGAGAGUUUGAGGCGAUACGAUCACCCGGUUACAUGCGAAACCUGCGAGGAAAGAGAUCACUGCCACGCGACAAAACAGAAACGCUAGCG